CGAGUACACAUACAGACAACGCCAACUUUCAGCGCUGUUUUUAUGUUUUAAUCGACAUGUAGGUCUCGCCAUACUUACGCAAGCCUUCAUAUCAAUUUCAUCCAAAUUUUUAACUUCGUAUUCGAGCAAAUUCAAUCGAAAAGAAGCAACAAAAGACUCGCCGACGAUCUUUUAUGCUGCAGGUUCUGAUGCCAUCUGACGCAGUAGAAAGCCCAGCUGCCGAGAAGAUGACCGAGUACCAAAGUUGGGCUGAUAUGGCUGACAGCAACUCGUCGAUGAACAGAACGCCGAUCAAGGAAGAAAGGCUCAGUAGUGAAGACGAGUGUCUCGACUCUAAACCAAAUCGCGCAUUCAAGAAGAUAGACUUUGGCACUGACGAGAGCCCCAUGAAGACUGAAUCCCCGGCAAAGGGAUGUCAAUCUCCUGACCUGAUGAAUUGCAGUCCCGUCAAAACCCCUAUCAAAACAGAGCCGCAAAGCACCAGCGGCAGGAGAAAUGUGGAUGUGACCAAGAGACUGUGGUCCAGCCCCAGGCGAAGGGAAAGGGAGGCCAGGCUACCUAAACUGGGUUUGGCCAUAUCCCCCAGACGCCCCCUCUGUCCUCCAGACAGUCCUGUGAUGAGUCCUCGCGACCUGAAAAGAAAGCGACCCAAAGACCUUUUCAAUGGUGGCAGUCCAGCCGGUUCCCUCUGCUCGUCCCCAGGGGACCGUGGAGUAUUCAGCCCUAGGCCUAAGAAGAUAAACAUGGAUGAAUUAGAAACUGACCCAUUGAUCCUGAGCAGGAGGGACAAGCAAAUCGAUUAUGGCAAGAAUACUGAAGGUUAUCGCAGAUACAUAGAGAUGGUUCCUAAGCCCAAGAGAACCCCCAACCAUCCUCAUACACCCCCCAGAGACCUGAAGAACAGUCGAAGAGGGUGGGAUGGUUGUAUCCGAAAGUGGCGGCAACAACUGCAUGAAUAUGACCCUCCCAAUGAUGAUGAUGAUCUUGACAACCUGGACACAAUGUCUGAAGCUUCGCUUGAUAUGGGCAGUGACAAUCAAUCCGAGAUCUCAUACCCAGGCAGUGGCUCUAGGCAAAGAGUCCCGCGCCCCUCUAGCACCAUAUCUUUGGAUGAGGCCGCCAAUUGAGAACUACUUGACAGCUAUCACAAUCUAUGAUUGGCCUGUGUAAAUCCCACUCAAAUUCAUGGGUGUCUUUUGAGUUUUCUACAUAUUAUAAUAUGUUCAUCAUAUUUCUAUAGUAAGCUGUAAUUAUGACUAUGUUUACGGUAAAUUAUUUGUUUUAAGUUGAGAUUGCCGUUUGACGCGCAAUCUGCUCGCUACAGAUGCUUUCAUUAGUUUCUAAGAAAAUUGUUUCAGGAUGUGUUUUCAAUUCUUUCUUGAGAGAGAAUGUUGGACCACUGAAACUGAUUUGAAUGUAGAAUUGCCUCUUUGUUUCUUGGCAUCUAGCUAAGUUUUGUAAGUUUGUGCCUUUUGUGUGAAACAAUGACUGGAGACACGUGUGAAUAACCUAGCUUAAUUGCAUGUUGAUGAUGUGAAAUUUGAAUUUCUAAAGAUGAUUCUAAUCUGAAAAUAUUUCUUGUGGAAUUUUUGUAAUCAAAAUUGAAGUGAGUGUGAAACAAGACAAUGAGUAUUUUGUAUAGCUACAAUAAAUCAGAGAAUUUCUAAAACAGAAAA